AUGAACGACUUCGCGCGGCGCGCUCUUACGUCGCUGCCGCCGCCGCCGACUCCUUUCUUCUCGCUACACGCACCACGCCGGCACAUCGUCCUUUCUCGGCAACACCCCUCUCCCCCCCCCCCCCCCCCCCCCCUCCACCAGCGCGGCGCUGCUGCCUUCCGAGAGAGCUGUCGCCGCCGUCCGUCCCUGGUGCGCGGUGGAAAAAAAGCGCGCCGGUCCAGUCGCCGCUCGGACAUCGCUCAGCGGCAGCGCCCCACCGACCAGCGUCACCCUCCAGCGAGUGAGCGAGAGCCGUGCUCUAUCCACUACUACCGCGCGCUCUUCGGCCCGGCAAAACCCGUGCACACACACACAGCGCCAGCCAGAGGCAGGUAACCUCAGAAGAGAAAUGCUCCCCACGGCGAUGUUUCUCCACGUGGCCCUUGUAUCUUGCCUGGCGUCCGUCACGUUAGCGGCCGCGCCCACUCACGGCCCACCGCCGCCGCCACCGAGACGACCGAGCCCGUACUCGGCGUUCCGCGGCAUCCGGCCGCCCGUGUGGUUCCGCGUGGAGCCCGCACCCAGCCGCCGAGCCGAGAGCGUCGUCGAGGUGCCCAACUUGGAGGCUCCCGGCGGUGACUUUGUCGGGCACCCGCUGGACUACGGCAGCAGCCUCAACUUCGGUGGCCCGCUUGCCACCACCGUGGGUAAAGUGAAGGUGCUGGACUACGCUAGUCGACUGAACGCCGAGGGUGGUAGCAGCAGCCGUUACGGCAAGCCGCUCAUCAAGCCCUACGAGAGCAUCUACGAAGGCAAGUCGCAGGGCGGCCAGAAAUACACGAGCGCCACCAAGAAGCAAAAGCAGCUGCCGAGGCCCACUUGGCGGUCGCAGGGCGAGAGCAGCGAGAACGAGAUCGAAGGCUCGUCGGUCGGCGGUGUCAAGGACGGAGCGGUGCAGCCUUCUCCACUCGAGGACGACCACCUGCCACCCUUUGACUUCGCGACCUCCCGGAGCGGCGAGGAAUCGAGAGAGUCGCCUUUCCCUGAGGCCGGGGAGAUGGCAGGGUUCUUCUUCUGAUGAUCCUCUCACGGUGUCCUGGAGGAGGAGGCCUUCGGCGCUUCCACACUCUUGUUGCUGUUCUCGCUCCUGUUAAAAAAAAAUCCAUAGUGAGAGCGACAGCGAGUUGACCCUUGUGUCGCGACAAAGUACUCUUUGUGACAGGACUGUAGCGCUAGAAUUAUUGAGUGGGUUUUCUUAGACUGCAGUACUGCUUCCGUGCCGUGGGUGGAAGGAUCACGCGUGAGACUUCGUACGGACGGUCUAGGGCGGAGACGACAAAGCGUUUGAGCCAAUUUUUGAGCUGGGCCUCCUAAAAGCCGUAAGGUCAGGAAGCUUAGAACCGGGACGCGGCGCUGGCGGUUGGACAGCCCGUACGCUCUAACGCUGGCGUCGGCAAGCUAGCAGUGAUGCCAACUGCGUUUACAUUCUCAACACUCGGCAUUUUGCGAUUGAACCAUCGGCAUAAUUGCGCUGUGCGACGGCUCUGAGCUUAACUGGCCUUUCGUCAUGCGAGCGGCGUUGCUCGAAGCGAUGGUGCGGUACGGAGAGCUCCAGUCAUGAAGCCACGGGAAGCAGCGGUACUCGUUUUGGUUAAAUCGGCGGUGUCGUAUGGCGUAAGUAGCAUUUGGUGGAAGUAUAUCUGGUCCAAUCCUGAACCAGCGGCGACGAUGCACGAACGUAUUAUGAUGGGUGGCAAUCUAGCUCACCAUGCUUGAAAAGGUCCUAUAACGUUGAUCGUUGACAGCCGCAUGACACUGAGUAUAGCGUUAAAAUUUUUUUCGAUAAUAACGAUUCAGUUACAAAUAUAUAUAUAUAUAUAUAUAUAUAUAUAUAUAUAUAUAUAUAUAUAUAUACAUAUAUAUAUAUAUAUAUAAGGCUUAGCCAAAAAACCUUCUGUUUGCUAGAUGGAGGGUAAGUUGUUGUUCUGGGAGCGCAACCAUGAAUCGCCAAAUGAAAGUGUCUUGACAAAGCCUGGCUUCGUUAUGUUCAGAACCGGUGCCUUGAUUAUUUUUUUUGUUGGUGCGAAGCCUUGGUCCCUUCGCUUACGAUUGAGGACGCAUUACUUAUCCAUUACUUAUCACACGUGCGUACGUGUGUGGGCGGGCGCGUACGUGCAAAAACGAUGUAGCAACAACCGUAGUGGCUUGCCUUCGCGAAUACCGUAGCAGCCGAGUGCCUUGACGCCUUGGCGUUCGAAUACGCGUCGAGAUUCCUUUGCGAGUAAAGAGCCAAAAAAAGAAAGAAAAGAAAGUAUACUGACGCUUCAAUUUCUAGGCUGCGAACAAGCCUUGCUACAUCUACCGCGGAAUAUGGACGCGAAUCCCAAUGACCGGCAGUACGACGUCUACGCCCUACCUCCACGAUUAGCAUGCGAAAGACAUUGAGGACGAGGGAGACAGAAUGCGCGAAUCCACGCUAUAGUUUGUGCACCCUCGGAGCGUCUGAUAAGAUGCGCUGAUCCGUCAUACGGCAAGCAACAGGGGUCACGUAGAAUGUGGAAAAGUUGCUGCUCCGGCUAAUCGUUCGCACGGUAUACUGUCGCCAGAUGCACUGAUUUUGCAAACCGUUCAAUCGCUUACUUUGACUUUGAAAUGGCGCGAAGUUGUCCUUGAUCUCCAAGGACAAAGCGAAAGUUACCGAUGACUUGACGACAGCAACUCCGUUCAGUUUGCCGAGGCACCAUGGCGACGCCAUCGUGGGCAACCUUUCGUGACUUGUUUUCGGGAAGGUCAAAAUUAUUUAAUUCGGAAAAUGGCAAAUUAUUUUUUCUUUCAUGCAGACGUAUUUGACAGGGAGUAAGAAAUGUAUUUCCUGUGUGAGCUGAUAACAACCAAAGGUGCGUGCCCUAGCUGCAAUCCUUUUAAUACUGCAGGUAUUUUUCUUAUUGCGCGAGUUGCGUUUCCCAAUAGUUCAAUGGUCGAUGGUCGUGGUGCGAGGAGUCUCCAGAAUCGUACAACAGGUUGAAACAUCAAAUUUUCACAUGCACUCCUGUUUAUUUUUCCAACUUUUUAACCUCACAGUACGGAAUGAUAGCGGCAGAAUGUCAAAGGGAUUUUUGAAGGAAGAAAGAACAACAUUUAAUGGAUGUAUGUUAUGAUUUCGUUGUUCGAACAAAGUGCACAUGACCCAAGAAACGCCUUACUGUGGGGCAAAUAUGUUAGUGAGCUCCUGUGUAGUAAGUAAGGAUAAUUACUAAAAAGUGCACUUUUGCAUAGCGUGCCCCUAAAUUAAGUGAACAUUUUAUGACGGCAACUUAGGCCGGAGUGGAGUCGUACGACUUGCGAAACAUGUUUUUCACGCCAUCGCCCCAGUACACCCCAUUCGACGAAAUCAAAAGUAAGGGUUCUUGCCUGGGAUUGCGUAGCUCUUUCUAAGAUAGUCGAGUUUGUGCCUGUUCGAUUUCAAUGCAGGAAAAAAAAAACAUAUUGAAAAGCCAUUCUUGCGUAAUCCGGGAUGUUGUAGGAGCGUAGAGUGCGUUUCGACCCAGACAUUACGACGCGAAGCAAAAUCGGGUCGCGAUAUUGUAGUGCAGAAGCUUCUGUCUUGUCUUCCUACAAGUGCACCUAUGCUUGAAGUAACUUGAAACGUCCUUCCAUCUGUUGUAUAUAGAUUAUCAUCUUGUUUAUCUGUGUCGUAUCUGUUCCUUGUGGUGUGUGAUGGCAUUUUCAAUCAUAAAGAGUGUGUAAUGUUGUGGUUAUGGACACGAAAACUGCUGUCAUGUUUAUGUGCUUGCCGUGCUUUGUAGAAACACCCACGUGAUUUUUAUGAGGGUGAAUCACAGCAGCUGUUUAUUGUUUAGUGCGACAUAAUAUACUUCUUUUUAGCCUACAUCCUAAGAAAAACGUGAGCCGUGUGUGUGAUACUAUGUGUUUGAUCAGAGUGUUGAAAUAAACAUUAUAUAAUGAACAAA